CGCUGUAGACGUGCUGCUGUACGUCCCUCAGAUAGGCGCAGUAAUAGCCGGAAGCAUCGAUGAGGGAAAAAUAAAAAUCGAUCAAAUCCAAGUUUUUUCUGUAAGUGUAGACCUGUAAGUGAUUUUUAAAACGAUCACAGACCGGACUUGGUCGGGGGCUGUCCUGACAGCAGACAAAAGAAAGAAAGAGAGGAACAGGAGGUGUGUUUUUUUAUAGACAAGCUGCUCGGCAGGGGUUUAGAAGACGUGUGGAGAAGUUGAAACCGGCAGAGGGCAGAUAAACAAACACAAACAGCAACAGAGAGACACAGAGACACACAAACACGUUAGGAGCGGUGUCUGUCCUCUGUGGAGCAUAAAGAGCCUGACGACACCGUGACUUCCACUGAGAGCUGCUCCAUGCCCACUGUCAACACAAGGACUGAAGAGAAGGCAGCCCAACAGCAUCAGCCAUAGCCUCCUGUCAGCCUCGGCACACUGCCAGGUUAACAUGAAGUCAGCUUAGCCUUCACAUCCCAGCUUCACACCACACAGCAAAGAGACACAGAGUGGGAUCGCCAUGGCUCACCAGGUAACCCCUAGUUCCCAGAAGGCUUUGAUGAUGGAGCUGAAGUCUCUGCAGGAACAGCCAGUGGAAGGUUUUCGCAUUACUUUGGUUGAGGAAUCCGACCUCUAUAACUGGGAAGUGGCCAUCUUUGGGCCGCCAAACACUCUGUAUCAGGGAGGCUACUUUAAGGCUCACGUCAAGUUUCCUCUGGACUACCCAUACUCUCCACCAACAUUUCGUUUUCUUACAAAGAUGUGGCACCCCAACAUUUAUGAGAACGGAGAUGUUUGCAUCUCUAUCCUGCAUCCCCCAGUGGACGACCCUCAGAGUGGAGAGCUGCCCUCAGAGAGGUGGAACCCCACACAGAACAUCAGAACUAUCCUGCUUAGUGUUAUCUCACUGCUCAACGAACCCAACACCUUCUCUCCAGCAAACGUCGACGCUUCUGUUAUGUUUCGCAAAUGGAGAGAUAGCAAAGGCAAGGACAAGGAGUACGCAGAAAUCAUCAGGAAGCAGGUGUUGUCAACAGCAGCUGAGGCAGAGCAAGAUGGCGUCAAAGUGCCGACCACAUUAGCAGAGUACUGCAUUCAGACCAGAGUUCCAUCCCAAGGCAGCAGUUCAGACCUCCUCUACGAUGACCUAUAUGACAUGGAGGAGGACGAGGACGAGGACGAGGACGACGAUAGUGAGCUGGAAUCAGUGGGCGAGGCAGGAGGGAUUAGCGCGAUGGAGUAUGAUGGCACGCCUGGCAGACACUACGACGACCAGGAUGACUCUGGAAAUGAAGAUUUGUGAUGAUCUGGAUCAGACCUUUCCCGACCGUACCCACAACUCCUUUUUCCCCCCUCAAUGUGUUCAGUUACAUUUUUAUACGUACAUGUUUGUUUUUUGGAGAAUGGCUUGAUCAGAUUUUCUGGACAUUUUGUGGUAGGAGACGUCAAGGUCAUACUCAAAAACUGUACGUGUGUUUAUGUGCACGUGUUCACUGCCUGCGUGUGUGUAUGCCAGUCUAGUCUGUUUGUGCAUAUUUGCACACUCGUUAGGGUCAAAGUCUACUGCCACGACGGUUCCAUCAGUUACAAACUAGUGUCAUAAAUUGGUCAGACAAUAUCUCUCUCUCUCUCUCUCUCUCUCAACAUACAUUAUAAAGGCAAAAGUAUUGGGUCACUCAUCUUAAUCAUGAAGUUCAUUGACUAUAUUUCUUUGAGCUACAGUUAUUGCACAGAGAGUGCAAUAACUGGCCUUGUGCAAAUACAGAGCAGUCACUUUAUUAAUUGUCCAGCUCUUCAAUAAAUUGACCGACUGUGAUUGGGUUACCUGUUACCUGAAGUGUUGUACAACUUGGUGUUACUAUUUAACAGUUUGGCUUGUGCUUGUACCCUCUAAAAACUGGCAGCGAUGCCAAGUUAUCCUGGAGUUUAUAACAAUGCUGCCAUUGACGUUUCAGGGUUCUCUUGUUCUGUUGUGCAGUUUAUUUCAGGCAUGUGGAGAAUAUCUAUUUGGACCCAGCUCAUAUCUAUAAAUCAACUGUGAUAAUUGCUAAGGUCUGACCGACUUAUGAAUAAUGCCUAUGCAUUUAAACCAUGACGCAUUAAGACCAUGUCCAGUGUGUUAGUGACCCAAAACAUUGCCUUGUUAAUGUACAUAACAAGUAAUUAUUGUUUUCCAUUGAAGGCAGUUUUUAAUUAUGAAAUUUUGAUUUGGUGUUUCUACUAAUUACCUUGAUUACAGCUUAGGGAGGUAGCCUUUGACUUACAUGAAACAUAAAACAUUUCCUGAAUGUCUGAAAGUGCCAGCAAGUGGCGUGUGUCUCACAAGCUCAAGCUGGACUUUACUUCUCACCCGGAUCCUCUACAGUUUUUCUUGACUUUGGCAAUCAAUUUAUAUUUUUGAACUGUGCAGCAGGACCGCGCUAAUGCACGGACAACAUUGAGUUGCGACAAUGGAAUGAAACUUUAUAACAGCUAUUGCACAAGGAGAAGAUAAGUGUGUCCACAUAUACUGUACUUAUUACAAGAUGGAAACUAUGUGUCCACUGAGGACGGGUCUUUGAGUUUGACAGCCACUUGGUCUCAUCGUAAUGUCUUCAUGUUUUGCUGUUUCAUUUUUAUGCGUUCUUAAUGCAGUUCUGUCUUCAUUGGCAUGUUGCUUUUAUGGUCUCAGAUGGUUUAGAGUAUCUGGAGAGAAGACACUUUGCUGUUUGGCCUAUUUUUUUAUAUAAGAUGAUUGGAUGACAUUACCUUCCUUAUAAUUUCCUUGAGCAACUUGAGAUGUUUUGGGGCAAUUAAAAUCAAGGACCUUCUCUUA